CUGGUUGCCAGAGUCUGAGAAGCGGCGUCAGCUCCCCGAGAGCUGCCAGCUAACCUCCGCUGGCUUCUGGGGACACACCGGCCUCCCUGGGUCGGGCAGCAGCGAGGCAGUCCCCGGACAGCGGCUCCCGGGAGGUCAAGCGCAGAUCCGACGGACGGGCCGACAGGACGGGUUGGAGGUGCUGUGACCCCUCGGGGCAGCCGUAGCGCCGGCGUGCCCACGUGACUCGGGGCGCGUGCCCCUUUGCCCGCAAACGCCAUGGCGGCGCCCAGGCCACUGUCCCGUUUCUGGGAGUGGGGCAAGAACAUCGUGUGCGUGGGCCGGAACUACGCGGAGCACGCGCGCGAGAUGCGGAGCGCUGUGCCCAGCGAGCCGGUGCUCUUCCUGAAGCCGUCCACUGCCUACGCCCCCGAGGGCUCCCCGAUCCUCCUGCCGCCGCACAGCCGCGAACUGCACCACGAGCUGGAGCUGGGCGUGGUGCUGGGCCGGCGCGGCCGCGCGGUGCCCCAAGCCACGGCCAUGGACUAUGUGGCCGGCUACGCCUUGUGCCUGGACAUGACUGCCAGGGACGUGCAGGAGGAAUGCAAGAGGAAGGGGCUGCCCUGGACCCUGGCCAAGGGCUUCACGUCCUCCUGCCCGGUCAGCGCCUUCGUGCCCAAGGACCAGAUCCCCGACCCGCACCAGCUGCGCCUCUGGCUCAAGGUUAACGGCAAACUUAGGCAGGAGGGGGAGACGUCCUCCAUGAUCUUCUCCAUCCCCUACAUCAUCAGCUACGUCUCCAAGGUCAUGAUCUUGGAAGAAGGCGACAUCAUCUUGACCGGGACGCCAAAGGGAGUCGGGCCCGUGGAAGAGAACGACGAAAUCGAGGCUGGCAUAGACGGGGUCCUCACCAUGAAGUUUAAGGUGGAAAGGCCCAAUUACUGAGUUUCUAUAAAGCCCCCUCACUUUAUAGCAGUUUUCAGGAGAGGGCAGAAUUAUUACAAUCCUUUGAUGAGAAAUCACUUUAAAUAUAUUUGAUCAGAUCGCUGUGCAUCAAUUCAAGGAAGGCGGCCCUCCACACAACCGUGUGGUUUACAGAGACUCAAGACCAGUGGUGGACAAGAGGAUUGUCCUCAGGGAGAGACCACAGCAGAGGAGGCGUGAUGGCCCCUUAGGAAGAGCAGAGAGGCUGUUAACUAAAUACUCAAAAGGCUGGCUUGAAAAUUGGGAGCUGGGCAGAUCUAGGGUGUCAGUGAUCCAAGUCAAAAUGUGCAAAGGAAGCCCAGUGCUUUUCAGAUUUCCCUCCACAAUUUCUCUGGGGGCCAAUUCCUGGCCCUGGCAGCCUCCCUGAUGAGUUAAGCUGGUAGGUGAUGUCAGUGGGAGUGUUUUUGUCAGAAGAAUUCGAUCUUUGCCACUUGCACAAGCAAGUUGAUUCACAAUUGUCCUUAGUAAAAGUGAAGGAUUGGUAUGUUUUACCUGUUUAGCAUAGGGGCUCCACCUGGCCCAUGGCUGGGUUUGGAAGAGAAUUUUGAAACUAUUACUUUCCAAAUAAAUGUGUUUUCUCAUCUGC